AUGCUGCCCAUCGUGCAGGAGUACAUGGCCCAGUGCGCGCAGCGGCGGGAGGAGCCGUACUACGGCUUUCUUGAGCGUGCGGGGGCCGGCGAGAUCGUGACGGACCUCGACUUUGCCCCGCAACAGGCCGUGCGGGUGUUUGCGGCGACGCUGCUGCGCUGCGGACCACGCUCUAUCGCGGCAAAGGGGCCGAAGCUGCAGGUCUUGGCGUUGCGCUACGACUCGAACAAGGGCAUGCACCACCCGCCGCGGCAGUCGCGGCGCAGGCUGUCGUACGCGGUGCUGCUGGCGCAGCGGCUCCCCGAGGACGUCAUCGUGGCGCCGCAAAACCGGCCGCUGCUGCGCAGCCUCAUUGACGGCGUGCGGGUGGCGUGCAUGACGUACACGCGCCACCUGGCGCGGGUGGAGCUCUGUGGCCUGCCGCUGGCGCAGGUGCGGGAGGUGGCCGCGAGGUUGUUCGACGUGCUGAAGCACUGCGAGUUGCUGCGGGUGCUCAAGCUGAACAAGUCGCGGCUGACAGACCAGCUCUUCACGCGGCUCACCACGACGGUGAACACGUUCCCCGCGCUGAAGGAGGCGCACUUCUCGGAGUGCGGCCUCACCGACGGCAGCGCCCACGGCAUCCACUCCAUCAUUCUCCUCAACCGCGGCAGGGAGCAGGGCGGGGCCUGGCGCGCCUCGCUGCGGGACGGCGGCGGCGGCGGCGGCCCCUGCAGCAGCAGCCACGCCGCAGCCCCGGCCUGGGGUUUAGAGGCCCUGGACCUGUCGGGGAACUCCCUGGGCGACGCCACGCUGCGGCGGCUGGGUCUCGCCAUCGCGCACGACGCCUCGCUGCGCGUGGUGGACAUGAGCCGCAACGCCGUGACUACCGCCGGACUGAAGGAGUUUCUGCAGCAGGGGACGCUGCAGGCGAGCGCCGUGGCGUCGCUCGACCUGUCAAAGAACCUGAUAGACACACAGGACACCUACCUCGUCGGGGACGGCUUUGCCUGCCAGCACACGUACGCGGAGCAGCUGCUGCUCACCCGCGUGGAGCCGCGGGAGGGGCGUGGGAGUGGCGGCAGCGGCAGCGGCAGCGGGGUGGCCCCGGAGGACGCUGGCGAGGCGCCGCGUCUCCCCACGCCGCCGAUUCCCUCGCUGACGACGACGCCGGUGCCUGUGUCGGCGGUGGGGGCGCCGCUGGAGCUUCGCCGGCGUACUCCGCCCUCCGAGGACAACGCCGGCAGCGGCGGCAGCGGGCGCGAGGCUGGGAGGCCGCGUGGCUCAAGCCCCGCCGUGGCGUGGGAGGCCGAGGAGGAGGGCGCGGAGGCGCGUUCGCGGUGGGUGGCGGGGGAAGUCGCGGCGGCGCGGUCGCGCCCCUCCCGCGGCGGCACGCGGACCCCCUCCUCCACCACGGCGGACCGCUGCAGCACCGCCAGCCGCCGUAAGCCGGACCCCCGGGCGUCGGAGCCGCCGCGGCACUCGCAGGCAGAGCCGGGGAGAGGGCAGGAGCUCCCACCACCGCCGCAGCUGCCGCAGGGCGCCAUGCCGUUCUUCCCACCGCUUCUGUUCCCUCCUCCCACCACCAUCGGCGGCGAUGACGGCCACCACCCGCAGCCGCAGCAGCAGUGGUGCGGUGUCCCGCUGUACGUCCCGGUUCCGGUGUCCUCCCUUGGGCCCACGGCGGCGACGCUGCCGCGCCCGCGAUCCACGCGGGACGCCGCCGUGGGGACCUCUUCGCUGUCAGACACGCAACCGCGCAGCCCGUCCGGCUCCUCCACGGGCGGGACUCUGGCCGUGUGCGGCGGCAGCCCGCACUCGGACCCGGACGGCGUGGUGCAGGAGCCGACGCGGGGCGGAAGCGACGGCGCCAACGCCUUUGCGAAGAUGAUGCUGGAACCCCUGCAGACCGGUGCGUGGGACCAGGCGGACUGGCGCAGGAACGAGCAGCGCUUCCUGGAGUCGCUGAUUCUGCGCGUGGAGUCCCACGAGACGGCGACGACCGAGACGCUGGAGCGCAACUACCAGGCAACGCGUGACCGCCUCGACGCGGUGCAGGCGGAGUUCGCGCGACGGCUGCAGGAGCUGCUGGAGGAGCAGCGGGCGGAGUCGCGGCGGCUUCGCGGGGAGCUGCGCAAGAGGCUGCCGAGCGAGCAACCGCAGGAGGAGGGGCCGCAGCAGCAGGACCCGGAAGCCGCCAUGGCGGAAGAGCUGGCGCAGCUCAUCCAGACAGGGAUGAGGCGCAUCCACGAGCAGAUGGAGAGGCCCGGCGCCGCCGCUGCUGCUGCUGCUGCUGCUGCGGCGUCGUUUUCCCACACGACGACCUCGGCGGCGGCGGCGGGGGACGGCCUGCUGCAGUCCACGCAGGCUUACCUCCGCGCGGUCAAGGAGCGCCUGGGCAGUCUGGGCUGGUGA